AGCCAACCUCUCCUGGUUACAACUGCAAGAAAGUGCUCAGAUCACGCAUAUUUCUGCCUAAGUUACUACACCUUCAAUGUUCCAAUGGAAAGGGCCAGACUGUGCUCGGACUUGCUUAGAGUAUGGGCUGAAAGUGCCCCCAUGAAAAGACUUUUCGCCACACCGCGUUUGGUUUAUGGGCCUCGUGCGCCUCGACCUCGACAAGCAGCCACAAGAGUAUGCUAUUCGACCAGAGCUUCAGCAGCAGAGUCGCUGGCAAAACCGAAUCUUCCUCUAUGGACCACCAGUAGAGUUCUGCUGCUUGGAGGGGCGCUGGCCUCAAUUGGGUACGCCGUGGGAGUCACUGAUGCAGGGAAUCACGCCGAUGAGCUGCUGCCCCGUCGACCUAAACCUCCCAGGUACGCGAGCAAGAAGGAUAUGGAGAAGGCCAUCAUAGAGCUUCGUGAAGUUCUAGGGGAGGAUGCGAUCAGCACGGAUGACGAGGAUCUCCAAUCACAUGGCUAUUCCGAAUGGUCUUCGAUCAACAUUGAUCAAUUGCCAGUUGCAGUGGCCUACCCUAAAACGACGGCAGAGGUCUCCCAGAUUGCCAGAAUUGCUUCAAAAUACAAGGUUCCAAUGAUUCCCUACUCUGGAGGUUCUUCAUUGGAGGCCAACUUUGCCGCGCCUUUUGGGGGUUUUAGUAUCGAUUUUGCCUUCAUGGACCAAAUCCUAGCCAUCCAUCCAGAGGAUAUGGACGUCGUGGUCCAACCCGCCAUUCAGUGGAUGGACCUGAAUGAUAAGCUGCAGCAUACCGGUCUCUUCUUCCCAGUGGAUCCUGGCCCUUCGGCAAAAAUCGGUGGCAUGAUCGGCACAUCCUGCAGCGGCACCAAUGCGUUUCGUUAUGGCACCAUGAAAGACUGGGUUCUGAACGUGACUGUCGUUCUGCCAGACGGUCGAAUCAUCAAGACCCGUAAAAGGCCACGCAAGACAGCAGCAGGCUACAACUUGACAGGUCUCUUUGUCGGCGCGGAGGGUACCCUUGGGAUCGUGACGGAGGCCACCCUGAAAUUGGCAGUCAUUCCCCAGGAGACAAAAGUCGCCGUCGCCACGUUUCCCACAAUCCGUGAUGCAGCAGCAGCAGCUUCGCAGGUGAUCCGUGCAGGCGUUCCUGUUGCCGCGAUGGAGAUCAUGGACGACGUGCAAAUGUCGGUGAUCAACCGCGCAGGAGGCACAAAUCGGACAUGGAAAGAAGUGCCUACCAUCUUCUUCAAGUUUUCAGGCACGACUGCGGGGGUACAGGAUAAUAUCAAGCUCACCACUCAGAUCGCGAAGAAGAACAAGGGCGGUGAUUUCAUCUACGCAAAAGACGACCGAGAGGCCCAUGAUUUGUGGAAGGCUAGAAAAGAUUCGUUGUGGAGCAUGCUCUCUUUGCGCCGAGACGGCGACGAAGUCUGGUCUACUGACGUCGCGGUCCCGAUCUCACGGUUGCCCGACAUCGUCGAGAUCACGAAGAAGGAGAUUGACGAUUUGGGCCUUUUCGCAAGCGUGCUCGGGCAUAUUGGAGACGGCAAUUUCCACACAUCCAUCCUGUACAACCGCCAAGAUCCAAAGGAGAGGGAGCGUGUUGAACAAGUCGUCCACAACAUGGUCGACCGAGCUCUUGAAAUGGAAGGCACAUGCACUGGCGAGCACGGCAUCGGGCUGGGCAAAAAGCAAAGCCUGAUAGACGAGUUGGGCCUCGAGACCAUUGGCGUGAUGCAGACUCUCAAGCGCAGCCUGGACCCGUACUGGCUGAUGAACCCAGGAAAGAUCUUUGACGCCGUGAACGAGGAGAACACCAAGAGUCAGCCGGAAGCCACGGCGGCUUCAACACUGGAGAGGCCGAAAGGCAAAUAAGCAGAUACCAAGGCGUGCAGUAGCGACAUGGCAAAUUGUGCACGAGCUCGUUUUGCAUCAUGCGCGGCUUGAUUUUCUCUAGCGAGGCUCCAUGUCGUCCAUCAUGUCCAUCUUUUGGGGUUUCUUUUGGGUAUGGGAGCAACAAAAUUUGUCCAUUUCUUGAUAAUGACCAUCAAAGUUGCUGCAGUCGUCUAUCAGCGGCAAAGUGGCAAUGUGACAAUGUUGUUGGCCUCCUCUGCUCGGACGCAAGCAAAGUAUCCAUCGCCAAUUGUCAAUCCACCUGGCUGCCAUGACCACUUGUUCAAGAUGUCGUCGUUGCACUCGGACUUUUCCAACUUGCCUCGCCUAUUUCCUCCGUGUUGCCCAAGCGAUAAGAUUAGAUGGCCUUGUUGGCAUUCUGGUGCUUGGAUCAGUCCAACCAUCCAACAGAUCACCCAUCCUUUCGUCUCCCGCUUUGCGCCCACCGUUCUUCGCCUUCUCCAUCCUGGUCCUCAUCCUCUGCCGAUGCAUCCCUGCUUAUCGAAGUCUGCCUACUCCUGUCGUCAGAACCAUUUCUCCC